AAACAACACUUUGAUAAAAAGUGAUAUAUCAAUAUCUGCAACUGUGUGUUUGUUUCAUAAACCUAAUAAAGGUGUAAAUAUCCUUCACUGUAUAGAGAUUGCAAAACUUAUCUAGAACUUUGUAAAAACAACGCUGGUAACUAUCGAGAUAUGAAACUUGUGAUGCAGUAAACCCGUCUAGAAAGUGAGUAGUCUGUGGAAACAGACAACCUCACGGAGGUUGGCUGAAUUUUCGCAAAGUGAAUUUCACUUGAACAUUAGAUAUUAUUUUCCUUGCCUUACCCUUGGGUGAUGAGAGAUUCGCGUUAUUGUUAAGUCGCGCAUCCUACAGUGAAACGGUUUACAGUACAUUAUUUGGUGUUACUCGCUAUUCUUUAGAAAAAUAUACAGCGCUUCACAAAAAUAAGAUAUCAUGGCGGUACCCACUACCGGUGUAGUUGUGCCUCGAAACUUUCGUUUAUUAGAGGAAUUAGAACAAGGUCAAAAGGGUGUAGGUGAUGGUACAAUCAGUUGGGGCUUGGAAAAUGAUGAUGACAUGACUCUUACACAUUGGACUGGAAUGAUAAUUGGACCACCUAGAACGCCAUAUGAGAAUAGGAUGUAUAGUUUGAAAAUUGAUUGUGGUCAAAGAUAUCCAGAUGAUGCCCCUAAUGUAAGAUUUUUAAGCAGGAUUAACAUGAAUUGUAUCAACAGUACUACUGGCGCUGUUGAUAAUCGCAGUGUACCAGUACUUGCAAAGUGGCAACGGGAAUACACAAUUAAGACAGUUCUGCAAGAACUUCGUCGUUUGAUGACACUGAAAGAAAAUAUGAAACUGUCUCAGCCUCCAGAGGGUAGCACCUUUUAGCCUAACCACAUGUAAACUCAACACCUCUUCCUUUCUGUGGUAGCAUGAGGCGAAAUUUGAUCAAGGUACCAAAUAAUAUUAAAUGGGUACCUAAU